AUGUGUGUUGAUAGUCGCGCAAUCAACAAAAUCACGAUUCGUUAUCGAUUUCCCAUUCCGCGUCUUGAUGAUCUCCUCGAUCAAAUUGGCUCUGCUUCUCUGUUUACCAAGUUGGACUUGAAGAGUGGAUAUCAUCAAAUUCGAAUUCGUCCAGGUGAUGAGUGGAAAACAGCCUUCAAAACUCGUGAGGGUUUGUUUGAAUGGCUCGUUAUGCCGUUUGGUCUUUCAAAUGCCCCUAGUACCUUUAUGAGAAUCAUGAAUCAAGCCUUGCGACCUUUUAUUGGUCAGUUUGUUGUUGUCUAUUUCGACGACAUUCUUAUCUUUAGUGCAGACUUGGAAUCUCAUCUUAGGCAUUUGCGAGAUGUCCUCACUGUUCUACGUAGGGAACAACUCUUUGCUGCUCGGCACAAGUGCGUUUUUGGCUCUUCUCAGGUCCUGUUUUUGGGCUAUAUUGUGUCUUCCAAGGGAUUGCAGGUUGAUCCCAGUAAGAUUGAAGCUAUACUCUCGUGGCCGACCCCUACUUCUAUCACCGAGGUUCGGAGUUUUCAUGGUUUAGCCUCUUUUUAUCGCUGUUUUGUUCCACACUUCAGCAAUCUUUCGGCACCAUUGACUGAAUGUAUCAAAGGCUCUUCAUUCGUCUGGACUUCGGAUGCAGAACAAGCCUUUGCUGAUAUCAAAGCUAAGCUGACUUCAUCUCCAAUUCUCACUUUACCGGAUUUCUCUAAAGUUUUUGAGCUUCAUUGUGACGCUUGUAAACUUGGCAUUGGAGCAGUUUUGAGCCAAGGAGGACGACCUGUGGCUUUCUUCAGUGAGAAGAUUUCUGGCUCUCGUUCGCGCUAUAGUACAUAUGACGUGGAGUUUUACGCCAUUGUCCAAGCAAUCAAGCAUUGGCGUCAUUAUCUCUUUCAUCAAGAGUUUAUUCUCUACACCGACCAUGAUGCGUUGAAACAUUUGGGUAGUAAAGUCAAAAUCUCUUCUCGCCAUGCCUCAUGGGUGGCUUUUCUUCAACAGUUCACAUUUCUGAUCAAACAUCAGUCCGGGAAGAUGAAUAAAGUCGCUGAUGCCUUAAGUCGACGCCAUACACUUUUGGCUACUUCUCACGCGGAAAUUACUGGGUUUUCGUCAUUUGCUGAUUUAUAUUCUGAUGAUCCAUUCUUUGGAGGCAUUUUACUUGAGCUGCAGCAAGGAAUUCGUUCCUCUUAUAGCUUGCUUGAUGGGUUUAUCUUUCGGGAUAAUAAGUUGUGUAUCCCUGCAAGUAGUCUACGCUUGAAGAUUAUUCAAGCGCUUCACAAUGAGGGCCACGUUGGUCGUGAUCGCACUUUUCAACUUGUGUCUAAUUCAUACUUUUGGCCGAGCUAUCGUCGUGAUGUUGCUCGCUUUGUGGAGAGAUGUGUUGUUUGUCAACAGUCGAAGUGCCAUGCUACGAAUAAAGGUCUUUACCUUCCGCUUCCUAUCCCUACUCAACCUUGGACAGAUAUAAGUAUGGAUUUUGUGCUUGGCCUUCCAAGAACUCCGAAAGGCAAUGACUCCAUCUUUGUCAUUGUUGAUCGAUUCUCCAAAUGGUGCAUUUCAUUCCAUGUAAGAAGACUUCCAACGCCGUUCAAGUUGCUACUCUGUUCUUUCGGGAAAUAUAUCGCCUUCACGGUCUGCCUCUUUCAAUCGUUUCGGAUCGUGACUCUCGUUUCCUUAGUCACUUUUGGAGAUCUUUAUGGAAGCUUCUUCGCACAAGUCUUGAUAUGA